UCAGUUGAUAAAAAUACGUGAGCCUACCUACUGUUGCCUCCGAGCGAGAUUGUGUUCCUUGUCAAGUGGGCAUCUGAAGAAAGUGAAAUAUGGGAAAUGUGCGGAUUCUGUCAACGUUCGUUAUUGGAAUUAUGGUAGCAGUUAUUGUGUGCCAUGCGGCUCCUAUUGAACUGGUAGGAGAUGUAAUAAACGAAAUUACCCCAGAAGGAUACGAUUUGAUGUACACACUAUCCAACGGAGUUACGCGCAGUGAAGUGGGAACGCUAACAACGACCUCUGACGGCAGCUUGGUUAUUACGGUCAAGGGAACCUGGGCCCAACCAUUCGAGGAUGGAUUAUAUUACGACAUAGAAUUUAGUGCCGACGAGAACGGGUUCCGCCCACGAUUCGUAUUGGGUAAAAAUAUCCGGAGGAAAGUGAAAGGAAGCGAAUGAAGAAUAAACAUAGAAGACGAUGCUUCUUCGAAAGUGAUAUUUUAGUUUUUUUUCCUAUCGAGAUCGAUACGUAGAAAUGGUUUAUUGUAUAAGGAGUGUGACAAAAAAAAAAUCAAAAUUGGUAAAAAAAAACAAAUAUUGUCUCCCCAUAAUGGUUCGCGAAAAAAUAAAGAAUACGUCGUAGGUCAGUUUCCAAACAAUAUUUUGACUAAUCUACUAAAUCAUUGAAUAUUUAUUCAAAUUCGAAACUGACGAUGAACCGGAACGCAGUCAA